AUGCUGCUAGUUACUCCUUAUGGGCUCACAUCACCUAUUACAACCCCAGCCGAGCCCACUCAAGAUAGUUCCAAUUUUGCUUCAUCGCUUCUAGUGUCGCAUGAACCUACGACGUCUACUCCUCCAUCUCCACCACUUGGGCCCACUGCUGCACCUACUACUGAAUCUGAUACAGAAACACCUCAUCGCAAGAUGCUUCCCUUAGAAGAUGUUUUACGCCGUGCCCCUAUUGAUCCCUCGGGUUUUGUUUCCCGACGGACGCGACAUCGACUUCCUGAGGCUCUUGUUGCUGAGGUUGCAUCAAUUGGACCCACAUCCUACACCGCUGCUAAGAAGUAUCUUGAAUGGCAACAAACUAUGCAAAGUGAAUACGAUGCUCUUAUUCGAAAUGGGACUUGGUCUCUUGUACCUGUUCCUCCUAAUGCUAAUAUUGUCGGAUGCAAAUGGAUCUUCAAACUCAAGCGGAAUUCUGAUGGCUCUUUGGCCCAUUACAAAGCCCGUUUAGUGGCUCGUGGCUUUACCCAGUAG